UUAAGUUUACAAAUGUAACAGGUGACUUGGGUGGAACAUGUGGAAGUUGAUGACAGAGGAGUUCAUGACUUAUAUAAGCACAUGGUUAGUAGGUCAUGCCUUUGGUGCUAAACGCUGGGUAGCUAUUCUUGACCGCCAAUGCGAGAGGUUAGCUAGCGUCAUGGCAACAAAAAUUUCCUCAGGAGAAUUCGAAGUUGGCGGUACAAAUAUAUUACUUGUUUCACAAGUAAUCUCUCUGAAUCAUUUUAGAAGCAGAGUUAUAGUGUACUAUAUUGAUGAAUGUGCAGUGAUAACUAAUCAAGAAGGGAGGAUGAGUAUGCUGAAACUGGCGGAGAGGAUGGUUAUAAGCUUUUGUGCAGGAGUGAGUGCUUCAACUGCUCACACAUGGACUACAUUGUCUGGUACAGGAGCUGAAGAUGUUAGAGUGAUGACCAGAAAGAGUGUGGAUGAUCCAGGAAGGCCUCCGGGUAUUGUUCUUAGUGCAGCUAUUUCGUUUGGGAUCCCUGUUCCUCCAAAGAGAGUUUUUGACUUCCUCAGAGAUGAGAAUUUAAGAAAUGAGGUAACCCUUUUAGUUACUAACAACUUGGUUUUUGACUUGGAACAGAGUUUUAAUUAAAGUCUUCAAUAGAAUAGUAAUGAAAUAAAAUUUUACAAACCAAAUGAAAAUCAAAUAUCAAAGUAAUAUUUAAUUUCAAAUUAAAGUUCAAUAUUCUAAAUUUAAAUU